GCCUUGCAAAUUUCAAUAAUCGUAACAUAGAUCAUUUUUUUGCCUUUUCUUUAUAAUAACUAGUAUAUAAUAAGUGAGGUAUGGCGAAUGGCAUUUGCGUAAAUAACACCAAAAGUGAGGCAAGUUUCUAAUUAAACUGUGAUUCCACGUGUUAAUUUUGGACAAAUCCACCGGAACUUGGCUCUUCUUUGUGAAUUUUAUAAGCGAAUUUUAGUUUGUUUCUCACUCGCGCUCUCUCUGUCUCUCCUUCUUCCUCCGCGUUUCUCUGCCGGCACUACUUCUCUCACCGGUUGUCCACUCUAUUUUUCCAACAACAACUUCUUCUUUCUCUCUAUUUCAAGCAAUCUUCAAGAAUAUAUGAGGAUAAUAGGUUGAAAUUAAGAUAUUGAACAAGGUGAUCAGUUGAUAUGCGUCUAUUCAACUGAUAAUAGGGUAAGUUUUCUUCAAGUACAAUUCUACUGAAUUUACAUUUUUGUUGUUGCAAUGCUAUUCUUGCUUGGUAUCUGUUACUGGCAGUUGGAGGCUGUAAUUGACUAGAGAUAAGCUGCUAAUAACGUGCCACUUAAAAAGAGAAAACAUUGGCACUUAAAACAUUGAAAGAGAAAGGUAUGUACCCUGUUGUCAACACAAUCUUAGACGAAGCUGAUGUGGCAAUUGAGAAUAAAUUGGGUAAUGAAGUGAUGAAGGGCAAUCUGGAUAGAGGCAAACUCAAGAAACAACCACCUGCAAAGCUAAUGGAUUAUGUAGUAAGUGCUAAAUGAAAGUGUGUGGGCCAGGAGUUAGUUAUAUAUAGCAGACGUAGGCAUUGUAGUGAUUUAGGCAAAAGUUGUUAUGAAAAUAUCCCCUUCUCAUCCCAUUCCUCUGUCUCUGAUCUCAUCCCCUUCUUCUGCUUCUCAUCUCCAACUUUUUCUUAUUGUCAUUUUUAGAUGUAAUUUCCAGUUGGUAUUUUCAAUAUAAUCAAAGUUGUUGUUGUUACUUGCUAGUUUAGUAGCCCUUGCUACAUUGGUGCUUUCAUUCCGUUUAUGUCCGAUAACAAACUAAAAGCUUCGAUUGGUUCUACGCUGGAAUUGGUUGAAAUUCAUUCCAUCAUGGAUUCUCAUUAGUCCAUGCUUAAGGAUCUGGCUGCUCAACUCGCAGCGUUGAACACUCGCUUUCCCCCUCUCGAUGAUUCUCGUUCCCAUGCUGUCGACGAUACCGUGCCGUUCACUGGUUCGUCGUCCUCCACGGCUCAAUGUCAUAAGCCUGCAUGUGUAGAGUUUGGUCGAUUCUUUGGUGAGGAUCCGAAUGAUUGGCUUUUCCAGGCAGAACGUUAUUUUGAUUUCUAUGGUAUUGUGGAAGAGGAACGUGUGUCUAUUGCUUCCUUUUACUUGGACGGUAAGGCUCGAGCCUGGUAUCGCUGGUUGUUUCGCAAUAAAAAACUAAGUGAUUGGCCAAGGAUCCUAAAACUUUAAAUAAAGCUAUUCGGGUGGCCCAAUUACAGUAGAGGCGUAUUAAUUUUGAAAAAGGCCCGGUUCAAACAGCCUUUACUCGGAGCCCAAUCCAACUAGACUUGGCCCGUACAUUGCCCUUGUUUCCCACCCCAUUUGCUCCGACUUACUCUACAAUCCCUAACCCUCGUCCAACACCCAUGGCUCUUCCAGCCUUGGAAUCACAAACGUUGCCUGGCCGUCUACCCCUCAAACGUCUACCCCUCAAACGUCUCACUCCUACCGAAAUUCAAGGUCGUCGGGAGAAAGGACUCUGUUAUUAUUGUGAUGAGAAGUACUCUGCUUCUCAUAAGUGUAAAAAUCUUCCCCAACUCCUUUUGUUAACUGAAGAGCAUGACACUACCAUUCAGUUACCGGAGUUGCAACUUUCUGACGAAGCUCUAGCAGAAGAACUUCAAUGCCUUGAGGUGCAAGAGCACUCUUCUAUUUCCUUCCAUGCUCUGAAUACUCUUUGGUUUGUCGGCCAUGUGAAAGGUUCUCCAAUUCAGGUCCUCGUCGAUGGCGGUAGUACAGACAAUUUCAUUCAAACUAGGAUCGCGACUUUCCUUCAAUUGACCAUUGAACCGAUUCCGAGUUUUUAUGUCAUGGUGGGUAGUGGACAGCGCUUACGCUAUGAUGCGAUUGUUCGGCAAAUCCCCCUCACUAUCCAAGGCUGUGAGCUCGUUUUGGAUUUCUAUGUGUUGGCCCUACAUGAUGCUGAUUUUGUUCUGCGGGUGUCAUGGUUGGCCACAUUGGGCCCGGUUCUCACUGAUUAUGCCAUGCACGUCCUUGAGUUCUCUCACAAUGGCAGCACUAUGAGAUGUCAAGAUAAACCACCAACUAUGCUCCAACCGGUGCAAUUGCACAGUUUGCACCAUUUAGCUUCAACAAAUACUAUCUCUUCAUAUUUUCGGUUGGAACUAGUUCAAGAAGAACAAGUGGUUUCUGAGUCUGUGCUUACGGAGUUUCCACCUACCGAUCUUCAGGACUUACUCACUUCUUUUGUUGAUAUUUUUCAGAAACCCCAAGGCCUUCCCAGUGAGUCCUCAAGAUCAUGUGAUCCAUUUGCAACCUGGUUCCGGUCCCGUGAAUGUAAAACCGUAUCUCUAUCUAUACUUUCAGAAAUAAGUUAUGGAACAAUUGGUUUCAUGAAUGCUUAAAGAAAGGGUCAUUCGACAUAGUACGAGUCCUUUUUCGUCGCCAGUAAUGCUAGUUCGAAAGAGGAUGGUACCUGGCAUUUUUGUGUGGAUUAUCGUGUUGUCAAUGCUAUCACUGUGCGCUACCAUUUCCCUAUUCUUACAAUCGACGAACUAUUUGAUGAAUUAUAUGGAGCUCAGUUCUUCUCCAAACUGGAUUUGUUAUCAGGGUAUCAUCAAAUUUGGGUACGAGUCGAGGACAUUGAAAAGACGGCAUUUAGAACCCACGACGGUCACUUUGAAUUUUUGGUUAUGCCAUUCGGUUUAUCUAAUGCGCCAUUCACUUUUCAAGCUGCCAUGAAUUCUGUUGUUCGUCCCUACUUGCGCCGUUUUGUGUUGGUCUUCUUUGACGAUAUUCUCGUCUACAGUCCAACUUGGGCUAGUCAUCUGGAACAUCUUAGUUUAGUGUUGAAACUGUUACGCCAACACAGUUUAGUGGCGAAGCAGAGCAAGUGUUUGUUUGGGCAGACAAUUGUUGAUUACCUUGGACAUGUACUAUCUGUUCAAGGAUUGGUUGUGGAUCCUAGCAAAAUUGCCAUUAUACAGCAAUGGCCAGCCCUACGAAAUAUCAAGGAGGUACAGAGUUUUUGGGGCUCACUGAGUAUUACAUGCGUUUUAUCCAUCAUUACGCUUCUAUUGCUGCUCUUUUAGUUAGCAUACUAUGUCAUGAUGCUUUUCUCUGGACUGAGCGCGUACAAAAGGCCUUUGAAACCUUGAAACCAUGCUUGAGCUCUACCACUGUCCUCGCUUUGCCUGAUUUUAGUCAUGAGUUUCAAGAGGAAACAGAUGCAUCAGGAGUUGGGAUUGGUGCGAUACUGUCUCAAAAGGGGCAUCCUGUGGCAUUCUUCAGUCAAAAAUAAAGCCCAGAAUGUAAGGAGCGUCCACUUAUCACCCUGAAAUGUUUGUCAUUACACAAGAUGUUAGUAAAUGGCAUCAAUACCUGCUUGGCAGAAGAUUCACAAUACUUACAGACCAACAAGAUCUCCGUAACCUUACCACGCAAAUCAUAUAAACCCCGGAACAACAGAAGUGGCUUUGUAAGUUAGUCGGGUAUGAUUUUCGCAUUCUAUAUCACCCCCGGGAAACAGAAUUUAGCAGUUGACGCUCUCUCACGAGCCCCUGAUGCUAGUUAUUUGGCCAUUACUAUGCAAAUACCUGCCCUUGUUGAAGAAUUGAACUCAACAAGAACCAUCUGGAGUUGCUCGACAUUCAGACAUCUAUUAUGCAACAACUAGACUCUGUCAUUGACUUCACCUUUAGAGAAGGUCUUUUAUUUUAUAAAGGACGCUUGGUAAUUCCUACUGAUUUCCCUCUUAGACAACAACUUUUAUCGGAAUUCCAUGCUACUUCCAUUGGGGGGACAUGCUGGUAUAGCCCGUACAUUGCACCGUGUGGCCUCAAAUGUUUAUUGGAAAAAUAUGAGGAAGGAUGUGCAUUUGUUUGUCUCAACUUGUUCACUAUGUCAACAGAUGAAGGAUAUCCACCAUCAUCCAGCGUGAUUAUUGCACCCUUUGCCUACGCCCGAUUUGGUAUUUGAAGGCAUAGCAAUGGAUUUCAUCACCUGCCUUCCAGCUUCAAGGGGCAAAGUAACUAUUAUGACAGUAGUGGAUCUAUUGACUAAAUUAGGCCACUUUAUUGCAUUACCCUCAACAUAAUCUACUCGGACUAUGGCUGAGGCGUUCGUUGUCGGAGUCAUCAUGUUACAUGGGCCUCCGAGAUCAAUAGUAACUGAUCGAGACCCAAGAUUUAUCCAUUCCCUUUUGCAGGAACUAAACAGGAUGCAGGGCACCACGUUAGCGAUGAACACCGCGUACCAUCCUCAAAUCGAUGGUCAAUCUGAAGCGCUCAACAAAUGUGUAGAGCAAUAUCUUCGUUGUUUUGUGGCACUCUGAUUGGGUGGCUAUGUUACCAUGGGCAGAAUAUUGGUACAACACAGCUCUACAAACUUUAGCAGGAAUGACCCCUUUCUAGGCUCUUUAUGGUCGAGAGACACCUACUAUUGCUCGAUAUAUAUUGGGCAGCAGCAGUAGUGAACUCGUGGAGUGUAGGAUUGUGUAGAGGUGUUCAUAACACGCAUCGGAAGACAAUAACAAUCCUAGGGAGAACUUUUCGUGUUUAAAAUUUAUUUAUAUGUCAAAUAUCGGAUCUAAGACGUACCUGGUGAAUAGAGUCCCGUUUUAAAUUAUUUCGAUAGUGCGAAGACUCUAUGCGUAUCUACACCGAGACUGAUCCUUGCUAUC